AUGCGCGCCACGUCCGCUCUCCCCCGCGCCGCUUUGAACCCGUCGGCCGCCGCGUUCCGUCCGCUCGCGGCGCUGCAGUCGCUGCUGGCAGCUGACCACGUAGCGCUCCAGCAGCGCCUCCACGCGGCGCAGCAGCUCGAGCGCUACUUUGCGCGCCUGGAGCCCACGCGCGCGCUCGUGCGGUCCUACGAGCCGUAUCUGCCUCUGCUGCUGGAGCUCCUGGGGACAGGGGGCACGCCAAACGGCCGCGAGCUGCAGACGCGUGUGCUGGCGAUGCUCCUGGCGCUGUCCCGCCACGACCCGUGCGGGGUCGGGGACUGGAUGGCUACCAACACGUCCGUGGGCAAUCCGCAGUGGCUGGUCCAGUGGAGCUACGAGCUCGUGCGGCAGACUGGCGACGACAGCACGUGCGCGCGUGACAGUUCAGUUGCAGCAGCAAUAGGUGUACCGGUACGGCCCGAGGCGUCGACGGGAAGAGGACAGGAGCUGGACCGACUCUGUGCGCGCGUGCUGCACAUGUGGAGGACGCUGUUGGACCACACGGAUGACGCAGCGCUUGUGGCUUUGCUGGUGCAGUGUCUCCUUGCGCUGUUGACGACGGAGGAGACGGCAGCAGCAACGGACGGCGACUGGCAGUUGUUUGUGCUCAAGAAACUGCAGACGCACUUUGUGGACAUUGCCGAUGUGCUGAUUGGGUGGAUGAUGAGCGUGGGGCCGCAGCGUCAACUGCGGGAAGAGAUUCUCUCGCUUUUGCAUUCAUUCGGUCGGUUGUGGGCAGACAACAGCGUGUUUAGCCUCCAGCUGCUGACUUCAUUUGCGGACGAAAUUGCCAACUUGUGCGAGUCGUGGAAUGACUAUCAAGAAGAUGACAGCGAUCGUCUCAGUACUCUGUUGGUGAGCUUUGUGAUGGUGGCACAAUGCGUUCCGAACCUCGCCUUAGCUGCUGCUGCUGCUGGGGCCGACAGCUGUUUCGAGAGGGUGAUGCGUUGUGUUGCUUUGUGCCCUCAGCCGAAGUACUCUCUAUUUUGCUUGGCGAACUGUUCAGUAUACUUGGUGGCCAUGUCGGAUUGUAAGCACAGCAACUUUUCCACUCUCUCAGUCACAGUAGUGAGGUUCCUACUUUACCAGUGUGCCGUACAGUCUCAAAUGCACGAUAGUGAGGUUGACAAAUUGUUGUGGGUCGUGGAGAACACUUGCAAAUUAGCAAGUGCAAACUUUUGCAAUAUCCAGAACCCGCUUCUUUUGCAGCCUACUGCGAUAGGUGCACUUCGCGAUGAGAUGCCUGCCAAAAGCGUCAAGAAAAGCGGCAAGCACAAGCAUGAGACGACCAUGGAAUGCUUGUUUUAUCUGAACGCUGCAAGUGGAGCGACGUACAUUACCCACUUGUGUCUGCAAUUGGUGCAGCUUGGAGGGAUCGGUGCUCUGAAGGUGCUUGGUGCGCAAGCUCUGCAGAAUCUAAGUGGCCGUCAAUACCAGGAUCGUCCGAGCUACUUUGUAUUUGCCGCUACGUGCUUUAUCCUGGUCUCAAGAGAACCGAAAAACGUUAUUCAUUCACGGAGCAACGAUGACGCAGAUAUUACUGCGAUUCUCGAAGCAUUGUUGACAAUGCUGGAAAAGUAUGGCAACCGACAGUAUCAGCCUAGAUUGGUGUCUCGGCAGCUAUGCCUCGUGCUAGAGAUGGCAAGCACAUUCAUUUGCGCUGUGUCUUCGUGGAACGCAGGUCGAAGUGACGCUGCUGAGAUCCAUAAGGAGAUCACACAUCGAAUGCUGGAGUGUGCUGCAAGCUUGCUGUCUAGUCGGGCAAUAGUAGUUCGGGACUGUCGACUCAAUACCGACUUGUUGAAGCUGAUAGACGCUAUAGUAUCCGAGACAGUACUCGCUCCCGUUGUGUCGCAGCAAGUGUACCGAAAACUCGUGAAGACAACGCAGAUUCGAUUGUUGGGUUCCAGAGGUGGGGUGACUCCGUAUCUGCUGCUCUAA